CGACCACCCUGUGGCAGCACCGCAGUGUGCCGGUCGAAACCAGAAGCGGCAGAGCAUUGCGCCGGUUACAUCCAAAGUAGACUGUUUUUUGAGGACACAAAACUCCACCCUCGCGGGUCACGUAAUUCAAUUAAAAUGUUCCGUUUGUACACGUAAGAGAAAUUCACGGGUUCGCCGAGUGCCAAUGAUGUCCGAAUAAUUACAAGUGAAAACGUUCGUUCGUUGCGAACUACUUGAAGAAAAAUUGUCUCUAAUGACCGUGCGCAUUUGUUCAUAAGUCAACCGCAAUUAACAAUACAUUGUUACUCGAGUGUGCGUAACCUCAAUGCGCGCUGCGGAGAAUUUGUUACGAGUGAUCUGUUGAACGGUUGACCCCGCGCCGACGAGUACAACAAUCAAACUGCAAAGAUGUUAAUUGACACGGUCGAUUACAUUGUUUACAAUUAUCGGCAGUGAUUCGUAGGGUCUACGCGAGAUUUCUCUGAUAAUCAGUUUAUUUAUUCGUUGAAAUGCUUAUUCGUUGUUGCACUGACACACAUGUCUCCGUCGGGAACAUUGAAUGUGCAUACUGAACGAUAUACGACGUGAUAUAUACAUAUACAUAUUAUAUCUAUGUACACAUAUAUAUACGAAUGUUUGUCUAUCAGCUCCCGACAAGUCAUCGAGUCGUCAGUUUGCCCUGUUUGCGAGCACGAGAAACGUGGAUACCGUAUAUAGUCACAGAGAUGUAUCAUCCUGGUUAGAAAGGGCGUGUGUUUGCUUUCCGAUGCGAUAUCCGUCUCUCGUCCGCGUUUUUCAAUUGAUCGUGAUUAGAAACCGUUAAAAGGCGUAGUUGAAACGACAAAAUACCGUUUGACGAGCAAACCCAUGAAAGUGCAAAAUUUACGAUCCUUCUUUCGGUACAGAUUUUCGUCGGACUAAUCUCGAAAACAUAAACCCCUGGGCGUAGGUUGAAAUCGAUCAUCGCGCCAUCAACAGAAUUUCGCGGGGAAAACACGUCGCGGGGAUCUCUUGGUUAGCCUAUCGGGACCUAUCGAAGGUGAACGCGAUUUUGUUAAUAAAUAACGUUACGCUGUCAAAUAUUAUCAAUGGUGUUGCCAGAUCUGUUACUUCUAUGGGAUGGUUUUUAAAAGGAAAAUAAAUUUAAUCGUUGAAACGAAGAAAACAAAGGAAAGCUGUGCGUGUACAUGUUGCAUUACAAUUGUAGUAUCGAGCGUAGUUUUGUUAAUACACGAUUUAUCGAUUAACAAAUACAUUUACAUGUUGUUUACAUUGGCCUAGUGGAAAUAAUAAGAGGCGUGUUGAUUGCUAACGAUAUCAUUGUUUCGUGCUGUUAAUGGUAAGUUAGCGAUUCGCCGACCGUAAACACAUAAACCGGCUGUGAGUGAAAAUGUAAUUGAAGCACGUUUGUAUAUACCGAGCAAUUUAUAGUGCGUGAUUCCCGUGGGAAAUCCGGCUGAAAUAAGAGUAUUCGAUCGUCGGAAGUUCCGCCGCCCGGAAAGGGCCGCCAAAACGCCGUGCUCGAAUUCAAACGUGCGAGCAGCAGUUACGUAUAGGCUGUGAGGAGUCAACCGGUGAACUUACCUUAAAUAUUAAAGCAUUGUUACCGUCUCGUCGUUAUCGCUUCUAAUAUUCCGAGGAAUCGUUCGUGAAAACGUCCGGUAAAAAGAAACGUCAACGGUGUUUACAAAAGGAAUCGUAGUAAAGCGUUGUUUCGUUAUAACCGUUGAAUAUGCUGCAACUGUUGACUUCGUGACGUAAUACCGAAUUUCUAAUUGAUAUUUGCACACGUUACAUUGUUAUUAUUAUAGUUGUACACACGUUUCCGAGCUUGUAUAUCUCUUGUUGAAUCGGACGUGCACUUCGAAGUACACUUCGAUCAGCUUUUUUGACAAACGUAGUAGAUUGAUUCGUAUCGACCCGAACUAUCGAUCGACGGUUGUCGCGAUACACACGGGUGUCAAUCGAUACCGGCGAAACGACUAACGCGGGCGUGCAUGGGCAAAGGUCUUGCCUCUCGAGGAGCCGAAGUUCGGUCGAAAGCGUUAUAUUGCUGAUACGACGUGAAUCUAUAAUCGAUAUCGACGAUGUUUAAAUGCUGUGUGUGCAACAAGACUCCGAAGAAGGAGAAGCUGGGCGGCGAGGCGGCAAAGCAAAGUCAGAAAGCGAGCGACCCGCAGAUAGUUCCCGUCGAUUCGACGACGAUCGACGGUAACAGACAGAUCGGAAGGAACGAAAAGUUGAACGGCGACGUGCAGAGAUCGGAGAAAGUUUCCCCGUCGAUGGAGAAUUGUCCCGCGGAGCUGGUCGACGAUUUGACUGUCAAGAGUCCGUUGCCUUCCGGUAAACGCGACGAGGAUUCUUCUCGAUCGAGAAACGAAUCGAUAGUGGAAUCGAACGGCAAGAAUUGCGACGACGAUAUAGAAAAUGAGGACGAUCAAACGAAAGAGCAUACGAUAAGACGAGCAAGUGAAAUCAAGGAUGAUAGCGGAAACGGAGAAGUAGACGCGAGUGACAAUAUAAGCAUGAGCGGUGGUGUAGAGGGCGGGGGUGGCUUGAUGGCGGUGAUACUAAAUUCCGGUGUUUCUAAUACCGUGAAGACGAAUCUUUACGAUUCGUCCACCGCGUAUAUCGAGAGAACGAUCGACGAUGGACCGGAAGAGGAAGGUGACGAUUCUGUAUUCGAAGCUUGCCCGAACGAUAACACCGCAAAUAAGAAAUCACCGCCAGAGGUACGGUGCGGAGGUCUGUCAGUGCCUCGAUGGCUGUCGGAAGAGGACGACGGCGAACACGAUUCGGAAGAGUGCAGCGGAAUGCAAGAACCACCCGCGACGCCGGUCGCUCGCGACGAGCUAGCCUUAAGGCGUCACAGAUUCUUCUCCGAUUUAUUACAAGCCGCGCAAAAUGCGUCCGAGCACAGAGUGAGGUUCGACCCCCUAGGACCGAUGGUGCACACUGGCUGCGACUCUAGUGAUAAGGAAGAUCAUUUAGAAGAACUGGUAAAUCGAUUGGAAAGCGUAACCAAACGAUUGGAAAACGUGCGACAUCAACCGUUAGCUGAAACUCAAGAUACUGCCGUUCAAACGAAUACUCCUUCGCCGAGAAGGUCUAAACCAGUUGAGAACGGCACGUCGGUACAAUCUGCCUCACCUGUUCAGUCACCUGCGAAAUCAGCAUCAAGAAAAAUUGAAAGCAUGUCGGUCGCUGGCUACGAAGAUAUUCUGGCUGGACCUGUGAGAGAAUACUUGCAGUUGAGUAAUAAAAUUGGUGGAGAUGUGGCGGCUCACAGUAAGCUUGUAGAGGCAGCAUUUCAAAUUCAGCUCGACUUCAUUCAAACCGCAGCAACUCGGCCGGCGCCAGCAAACCAGACAGAACAGGUUGAUAUCCUAGCGCGCACCGCCACGCAAAUUGAACAGAUACAAAGUUUCCGCGAGAAGAAUAGAGCCUCUCCGUUCUUCAAUCAUUUGUCAGCAAUUAGUGAAAGUAUUCCAGCUCUAGGAUGGGUUGUUGUGGCACCUGCCCCGGCACCUUACGUGAAGGAGAUGAACAACGCCGGGCAAUUUUAUACCAAUCGCGUUUUAAAAGACUGGAAAGAAAAAGAUAAAGUGCAUGCAGAAUGGUGCAAGGCUUGGGUACAAACGUUAAGCGAUCUUCAGCAAUACAUAAAACAACAUCACACAACAGGAUUGGUGUGGGCAAAAAGUGGCUCUGCACCAGCAGGUAUACCACCACCUCCACCGCCGUGCAUGCCUCCUAUUGGCGAUGUGGCGCCCAUCGGUGUCGGCGACGACAGAAGCGCCCUUUUCGCGGAAAUCAAUCAGGGAGAAGCUAUUACGAAGAAUUUAAAGAAAGUAACUUCUGAAAUGCAAACGCAUAAAAACCCCUCGCUCAGAACCGGCCCAGCACCAUUUAAGGCCCCGGUAGUCGGUAAUGCCAUGCCGUCGAAGAUAGUACCACCUGCAAAUGCACCAAUUGACAAGCCACCAGUAUUCACUAAAGACGGAAAGAAAUGGCUCAUAGAGUAUCAUAAAGGAAAUAAGGAUUUGCUCGUUGAAAAUGUGGAGAUGAACAACGUCAUCUACAUGUUUCGAUGUCAAGAUAGUACUUUAGUUGUUAAAGGCAAAGUAAAUUCUGUUGUGAUGGACUCGUGCCGCAAAUCAUCUGUUGUUUUCGACUCUCUUGUGUCGAGCAUCGAAUUCGUCAACUGUCAGAGCGUUCAAAUGCAGGUAUUGGGUAAGGUACCCACCAUCUCCAUCGACAAAACCGACGGUUGCCAGAUGUACCUAAGCUCGGAAUCGAUGGAUGUUGAAUUAAUCAGCAGCAAGUCGAGCGAGAUGAAUGUCAUGGUGCCGAAAGGAAACGGCGAUUACGUCGAGUAUCCCGUACCGGAGCAGUUCAAGACCACGGUCAGUCCGAAAGGUCUCAGCACGAUCGCGGUCGACUCGCUUGGUUAAAGUCGUCUUACGGUUCAACAUCAUUCAUAGCCUAAACUAACUAUCCGUUUAAGAGUACGGCUCAUUAGAGGUAUCGUCUUCAGAGGAUUCAUCGAUUUCUUAUUUAUUGCUUCUUCGAGUUAAUUUAAGACGAAUCAGAAUAGGGGCGAUGAAUUAGCCAACGGAAUAGACUCAUCCGCGCGGUUAGGGUCGUCCCGUGUCCUGCGUUGGCAGACACGGCGUGUUCGAUUAGACAAUUUUUCACUACACAACGUUACACACACAGUCCCAUCUCGUUCGAUGCAAUAUCGCGUGCAUUUUCGUGGAGAUCAUCGACUCCGGUUCAGGCGAAAAUUGAAAUAUGAAGAAAGAUAAAACGAAGGUCACUCCUCUAAUAGAGAAACGAUUGCACGAGGUUCAAACGAUUACGCUCACGGAAUUUGAAUACGCGGGUAGUACCCGGAUAAUCUGCGACACGAUAUUUUGUAAUAUAGGAUUAAUUAGAUCUCUAGCGGUUGUGAUUCGUUCCAUACGUGUAGAUGGGAUAUCGACAUCCUCCACGAAACUGUUUUCGGUUCGCACGUCCGGUGCUGAUUCAUGGGGACAGUUUGUUGUAGGUCGGUUUAAGAGUAUAAACAGGUAUGGACAAAAGUUUUGCUACCUUCGGACCGCACUUUUAUACAUUUACACCGUUUUCUAACGUGAUCGAACUUUUGCCCAAACCGGUCGUCAAGAUGACUCGCCAAGGAAUUGCCGCUCGACGUUGUUUAUUUUCGGUUUUUCUUUUUAGCGGGUGAUUAGAGCGAGUAUCGCUCGGGCGCACCGGGAACAUAGAAUCGGAGAUGAUUUCGGAACCAUUUCUGAAGCGUUCGGGCGAUGUCAUAUCAAUGGUUGGAUAUAUCGUCUCUUGACUUUUGCAACAAAGACUGUUCAUCACGAUCGAUCGAGGAGUUCCGUCAAAAUUUUGACCCGUUGUCGAAAAUUAUAGUAAUUAACUAUACUAAGGGUACAUCGCUUCGGUUCAGGAGUCUUCCGAGUUUACAAGUAUCCGUGAUCUACCGAAUAGAAUAAUCGAUUUUCGUUUUUCAUUUAAACGAACGUUACUUAGUUGGCCAAGGUGGUCGUUCUCUUAACGAAAAAAAAUCUUCGAAAUUACGAAUCCUCGCCAAAAUAGCAAGAGCAUAUUAUUUGCUACAAUGAUUGGAUGAGAGCACGUGCCGAAUGAAGAUUGUUCUUCACAUCUUCUCGAUCACCUUAGCCAGUUAACCGGAACGUUAUUCGCGGAAGGGCCGAUUAACCCGAGAAUCUUCGAGGUUUUCCGCAUGCACGCUGCUCUAUGCGCGUGAAAUGAUCAAAAAUGAUGGACGUGCAAAAGUCUGGAUGGUCCACUUGGUUAAGGGGAGGAAAGCUAUUGCGAACAAUGAUGGAGGGGUAUGUUGUGAAACCUGAAAAUUGAACAUCAAAAAAAAGCGUGCUGUUUGAACGUGACGUAAAUUACAUUGUGAUUUUUACCACUUGGUAUAUUGUGCUAAUCGUAGGUAUAAUGUAAUAACUAGCGCUCUACUUAAAAGCGGCACGAUGAUAAUAGAGUAACGAGAUCGUUUUAGGAUUAACAAUGGAUUCAAAACAGUACGAUCCUUCUUUAACGAAUGGACUGCAAAGAGAGGGAAUUCGAAUGGUCCGACUUCAUUUGUCUAUUUUGUAUGCUACUAAAAAACGUGUUUCGCGACGGAACGAUGAUUUAUCGACUGAUGUUCUUCACUCCCAAGGAUCGUAUUGUUCUUAACAUGAUAGACUUCUAACAGCUUUCAUUUUUAAUAUCGAUAGAGUAUUGUAUCGAGAAUAAUCAAUAUUUGUUUCCAAAUAUGAUUUUCAGUGCUAUUUCUAAUUGUCCUAAUAAAAUGAAAUGAUAUACCGUCUAUAAUAACGCCUGUAUUGUUAUUGCUCUUGAGAAACGUAUCGACAACGUAACGUCGUCGAUAGGCUGCGGAGUUUUAUGCAAAAUAUGAAUGAAUGUGCAUCGAUUGCAAUACAGAAGCUGCUUAGGCAUUUACUCUAUGGCUUAAUAAAUCAAAUGAACUCGGAAUAAUGUUAUGGUACUUUUAAAAUAAAUUCUUCGAACGA